GCCUCGCGGGGCCGCCUGGGACGGAGCGAGCAACAUGUGGGAGCGCGGGAGAAGGGGAAAUGCGGGUGUGGUGGGGUUUUGUCUUGUGAAUUGGGGAGGGACGUGUUUUUUGAAGAGUGUAGAAAGCUCGCCCGCACCCCCUCUCCGGACCCCCAAGCUUCACCAAAAUCUUGUUGGGUCCGGUUCGCCAGCUCUGGAACAUUCUGUGGGUGAAAGCGAGUUAGUGCGAGCGGCGAAGCCCUACAGGGGUCGGAAGCCUUGAAAGGCACCGCUCUGACCUUUUGUAAAAGUUACUCGGCCUGCGGCUGCGUGGUGCGGGUUGAUUCCGCGAACCUGUUAGGAGCCGGUUACAGGGAAAAUUACGAGGAGAGAAACUUAGGGAAAACCGGGGUUUUGUGGUAGUGUUGGAUCGGUUGAAAAUACUGUUUUCGUUGGACCGUCUACGGUCCGCCUGUUUGAGAUUUCGAGGUAGCGAUUACCUGACUUAGACAAAUAAUGAAGUUUAAUUUCUCUCGUUUCUGUCCUGUUGUGUUGAGUGAGCAUCAGCUGACCGCCUGGCAAAUGCUUUGAGUAGAUUCCAGAUCAUAUUGUUCUUACAUUGUGAAAACGUCAAUCCAGCAAAGCUGCAACUUUGCAACUUGGCAUUUGUUAACUGUGCCCAUAAAAAGAAUCUUUUCAUGAGGGAAGGAAUCACAGGUUGUAUAAUGGACUUGGAAGCUGGGUCUAACUUAGGGGCGGAGAGUGUUCUGAAGUGGUGGUGGGAGAGUCUUAUUCCCUGAUAGUCUGGCAUAAAGUAAAUAAGCAAUUGUUUUUAUUUUCAUUGUGUGUAUUCGUUGUACUUGGUAUUGUGUUACAUAAGGACGCUUUCACACAAACGUGUUGUGUAUUAAACAAAUACCUCUUAUAUCUUCCAUACUCAUUACUUUCCCUCAUUACCGGUAGUUCUACCUUUUACCCUCCCUUGAUGUUUUAUGUAGUUGAUAAGUUUGCGAUCCUAAAGUUAGGCGUUAAAGACGCUUAAUUAGUGUAAUCGGAAGGUCAGUAGUAUGUAUUCAUUUGGAUAUUUGAAGCAGACUACUAAAAAUUUUGAACAGUGGACUCAAUCUUUCUAUUCAUUUUUGUUACUAGUUUAAAUCCACCUUUUUUUUUUUUUUUUUAAGAAUAAGAUAAAAGGUUUGAGUGUAAGCAGGGCUAGUUUGCUUUAGGAAUUACCGUGCUGUGCUGUGCAAAUAUUGGAUCCCCCCACUUCCCAGGAUUUGUCUGUGUAGCCCUGGCUUACGUGGGACUCACUCUGUAGACCAGACUGGCCUCAAACCCAGAGAUCUGCCAGCCUCUGCUUCCUGAGCCCUGGGAUUAAAGGCAAAUUUCCGAGUUUAGACAUAGCACAUGUCUUUGCCUCCCCAAGUGGCUCGGAUUAAAGGUAUGCACCUCUGCUCCUAGCUCUGCUAAUAAAUAUUGAGGUUGAAUUAUUACUGUGUUUUCCACUAAACUAUAUAAAUUUAGUUAAUGUGCCUAUUAGUCACUUUUGACUCAGUUUAUCAUUUUCUCAUAUGUAGUUUAUUGAAAAUUAAUGUCUUGAAAUAUAUUAAGACCAGUUGAAUCCUGGGUGAUGGGCUGGAGAAAUGACUCAGUGGUUAACACCACUGACUGCUCUUCCAGAGGUCUGCUGCUCUCUCAACAACCACAUGGAGACUCAGAACCAUCUGUAAUGAGAUCAGAUGCCCUCUUCUGGUGUGUCUGAAGACUGCUACAGUGGUACUUACAUAUAACCAAAAAAAAAAAAAAAGGAAUCCCAGGUGAUGGUGGUACAUACCUUUAAUCCCACCACUUGGGAGGCCAAGGCAGAGAGAAGCACAUGGAUCAUGCUAGCCUGGUGUACAGAUCUAAUUCCAGGUCAGCCAGGGCUACAAAGAGAAACCUUGUCUUGGAAAACAAACAAACCAAAAAAGCCCUGAUUUGUCGAUCUUAUACACUUCAUAGCUUAAAUCAAAAACAGUUUUUGUGUGUGUAUGGUAUACAUGAUGCCACAAUGUACAUGUAGAUUAGAGGACCACUCUACAGCAUCAUUUCUCUCUUUCCACCUUUAUGUGGAUUCAAAAAAAAAAAAAAACAUGACGGGUCCGACUGCCUCUGCUUCCCUUUACCUGACUCAGCUAAUGGAGACUGAGGCUGAAUUCUGACUUUCUGAGAAGGAGGAGGGCAAGUAAGCAUGUAAAUUAGGGAAAAAUAAGGAAAACACCUGAGAAUGAGAGGGGUUACAAAGGAGGAAUUUUAGAAUGUGCAAAUCCUCUUUAAAUUCUGAGUUCUGGGAUGUUUGAUUGAUGAUUGAACCCAGGGCCCUGUGGAUGUCAGGCAAGCACUAGCACUCUGCCACUUGGUGUCCCAGCCCUUAACUCGUUUUUAAAUUACCCUCACUGGUUUGGAACUUGCUAUGUAGACCAGGCUCUGCCUAUAUCUCUGCCUCCCAAACGCUGGGAUUAAAGGCAUGCGUCACCACUUCCCUUCCCAUAAAAUGCCCUUGGCAUUUUAAUGAACACUAAAAUUGGAUUUUUGAGUUUUUCUCUGAUAAUAUUAACCACUUAAUAAGGGAGCAGUGAUGUUUGUAUACCCUAGGUUGCUUGAAAUACUCUAUAAGCUUUUAAAAAAAUUGUUCUGGUAAGUUUAUUAAAGUUGUUUGUGGCAGAGUCUCUAUAGCCCAAACUAGAGGCAGUUCUUAAUAGAGCACCACCAAGUGCUGCGAUUACAGGCAUGAACAACUGACAUUCACCUUAGAGUUUCCUUUAAUUUAUAGUACAGGUUUUUGUUUGUUGAGGGUGAUGCUUAUGUACUACAGAGGUCAGGACAGCUUUUCUGGGGUAGGUUCUGUCCGUCCACAGUAUGGGCCCCAGGGUUCAAUCUCAGGAUGUCCGGCCAAACAGUGAGUGCUCUUAAGCACUAAGCCACUUUGCAGGUCCUUCCUUGGUAUUUUUAAGGAUGGUAAUGGAACAUCCCUACAUCUAUCUCCAGAACUCUUAUCAUCCAGUUUGUGAAAUUGAAGCUCUGGACCCUUGCUACCCUUCCAGGGACCCAGGCUCAGUUUGCAGUACCAACAUCUGGCACAACCCCUACUACAGGGGAUUUAGUGCCCUCUGCUGGCCUGUUAAGGCUUAAAAAAAAAGAGAAUCUGAACCCACUAAACAGUAAUAUAUCAUUUUCCUCUUGCCUCAGAUUUUACAGAAUUUGAAACAUUAUAAACUUUUUCUAGCCAAAGUUUGAUGCUCUUUUAGAAAGUAGCAUUUUCAAGACAUUAGCAUUAUGUGCUGUGGUGGUGUACCGUUAAUCUCAGUGAGUUGGAGGCCAGCAUGUUCUAUGUAGUACCAGGACAGCCAAGCGUACAGAGAGGCCCUGGCUUAAAAAAAAUAAAUAUGACAAUCCUCCCCCUCCCCAAUACAGUACUCUCUUUUUUUAAUAGUUUACAGAGUUGUUAGUUUUGAAAAUUAAUAUAUAUAUAUUUGUAGGGUUUAUGUUUUUUACCUCAUUCCCCGUUGUACUCAUGUACAUAUUUUAUAUGUGUGCAUAUGCAUUUGUGGACGCCAAGAUGGAUGUUGGGUGUAUUCUUCAAUUACUUGCUACUUUCUGAGACAGUUUUUCACUGAACUGUAGAUCUCCAAUUUGGUUAUGCUGUCUCGCCAGUUCCAGGUAUCUGACUUUCCUUGCUCCCUUAAGACUGAGAUUUACCUACCAGUUCCCCUCCCCCGUGUGUGUGUGUGUGUGUGUGUGUGUGUGUGUGUGUGUUCGUCCAUUCUUGUGCCAUGACAUGCCUGUGGAGGUCAGACGACAGCUUGCAGGAGUCAUUUCUAGUCUAUCAUGUAUUCUCUGUCCAUCAAAGCAGCAAACAGAUUUACCUACCAAGUCAUCUCAUUUACCAUAAUGUAGUUCCAGUGGCUUGGAACUUGUUAUGUAGACCAGGAUGACUCUGAACUCAGGGAUGUUUCUGCCUCUGUAUCCAGAGUGCUGGGAUUAAUAACAUGAAGUAACAUGCUGUCCAUUUUGAUUGCUUUAAUUUUGAAGGCAGGCUUUCUUCCCCCCCCCCCCUCUUUUUCUUUUUCUUUUUUUCGGAGCUGGGGACCGAACCCAGGGCCUUGUGUUUGCUAAGUAAGUGCUCUACCACUGAGCUAAAUCCCCAACCCCAGGCUUUUUGUCUUUUGAGACAGAAUUUCUCUGUGUAGCUCUGGCUGUCCUGGAGCUCAUACAGUGAGUGGGUCACCCACUUGCCUCUGCCUCUGUUGUGCUGGGAUUAAAUGCGAGCACCACUAAGGGUGGCUGUUCUGUUUAAUGUAGAUGCUGGAGAUGAAUUUCAAGUCCUCAUCCUUGCUUGGACAAGCACUCCACUGAGGCUAUCUUCCAAGCCUCAAAAUUAAUUUUUUUUUUAAAAGAAUGAUUUGGAGGAAGAAAGUGUAUGAACAAACUAUGACUAUUUUUUGUUUUUUUUUGUUUUGUUUUGUUUUUUUUUGGUAGGAUGAGCCUUCCUGUCUGAGACUUAACAUAUUGAACAGGCGUUCUGCACUAAGUAGCCCCAGCCUCUUUAUUAUGAAAAAUUUACCAAGAAAUUUUAUGAACAGUUGGUUUAUGAAUGACAUGGCUCAGCAGUUAAGUACACUGACUGCUCUUCCAAAGAAUCCAGGUUUGAUUAAGUCUAGUCCCGGGGAUCCAGUGCUCUUUUCUGGUCUCUGCAUACUACAUGCUAUGGUGCAUAGGUACAUGUGUAGGCAAAGUACCUGUAUGAACAAAAUAGAUGAAUUGGAAAUUUUAAGGAAAGAUACCAAAACAUCCCUUGGUGUUUCAGAUUAUAAAAAAGCAAGUGAUUGAAACUACUAAUACUAGUCACUUUAGAUGUUUGAGCUGAAAGAAAUUUUUGGGGCUAGAUAAACAUUUGAAGUCUAUAAACUUUGAUUUUCUACCUUGGAGCUUAAAACAAGAUUUUGGUAGCUGCAAAUGGAGCUCACGUCUGUGUUGCAGAGGGAAAGGAGGUUAAGGAUGGUGAGAAAUUUAUUAUCUUUAAUUGAAAAUGAAAAAUGAUUCUGGCUCUAUUAUUUAUUAUCCUUGUAACAUAAUUUGUUUAACUUGUUUUCUAUAAAACCUAAUAUGACCCAGAUUCAUAUUUUUUGUUUUGUGUUGUGCAUUGUUACUUUUUAAAAAGAUUUGGGGAUUAUUGCUGCAGAUGACAAACAUAACUUCAAUAAAACUUCUGUGCCUCGAGUCCCUAUCUGUAAUUUGUCCCUAUCUACUGACAUGGUUAUCUUUAUGCUUCUGUCAUAUGUAUCAGGUCAUAACACAUUUUGGUAAGAGGUUGUGGUGAGUUGUUAUGUGGGUACAUUAGUAAGUUGUUGAUGCAAAAUACUGAAGUCUAUAGGUUUUUAAGUAAAUAGUUGUCUGUCUGUGUGUAUAAUUUGAGACAGGGUCUCAUUGUAGUCCAGCUUGGCCUCUUGCUGUAUGUAGCAGGGAUUAGCUUGAACCCCGCCCCUCCUCCUCUCUGAUUGCUUGGAUUGGCUCUUGUAUCACUACUUCAGCUUCCUUUUCCAAGAAAUGUUUGGAGAUUUUAUAUGUGUUUCAGGAUUUCUCUGAGUUUGCUCAACCAGUCUUGAACUCAUUAGGGUAGCCCAGGCUAUCCUCAUUAAUGUCCUAGGAAUAAGAGAUCACAGAUUGACACUACCAACUGACCCAGGCAAGGGCUGAGUGAGUGCUUGUCUGUCGUAUAUAAAUCCCUGCUUCCAUCUCUAGGACUGCUAGAGCAAAGAUGAAGAUUAUUGCAUUAUAUUAAAAUAUACAUUAAUAUCUAAGAGUUAAAAGAAUUGUAAAUGAUAUAAAUGCAGAUCGAAGGCUUAGGGUGCCUGCCUUUAAUUGUAACUCUCCAGAGACAGAGGCAAGCGGAUCAGUGAGGCCAGGCCUGGCUUUGAGGCCCUGGAUUCAAUCUCCAUGUAAAUCUUUCAUGUAAAAAAGGUAGCUGUUCUAACCAGCAUGGUGGUUUAUACACAGGAAUAUUCUAGCUCCUUGAGUGUAGAAAGGUUGCCUAAGCCUAGGCAGUUGAGAGCAGCCUGGGCUACAUGAUGACUUUCUUAAAACAAGAAGAACUGGACUCUAGACCAGAGAAAUUAACUGUGUUUAGACUUGGUUACUUUUGCCUUCGGGCAAAUUGUUUAACUUUUGCGUCUGUUUCCUUUUCUGUAAAUUAAGGAUUAUACUAAUAAUGUAUCAUACCUGUGGUAAACUUAAGAGGAAUGACAAGGAAAACAUUUACAAUAUAAGGACUCCGUAAGUGUCUGCUGCCUCAGCACAUUGUCCCAUGUUCAUUCUCAUUUGAAAGUAAUGGAAAGUUUGCUAACUUAACCCUAAUACACCAGAGAUAAAAAAUAAAAUACCUUUGCUGGCUGGAGAGACUGGACCUGGGUUCAAUUCCUACUCCCACAUGUGGCUCAGAAACCAUUAAUAACUCAAGUUCCAAGAGAUCAGACACUUUCUGUCCUCUCCUGGCAUUGCAUAUAAGUGGUACAUGGACCUUGUGAAUCUCGUGUGCUCUAAGUAUUCAUAUGCUCUUCAAGGUGUUGGAGGACAGUAAUUUACUGAUAAGAUCACUGACACUGUAAUGAAGUUCAAAGACAGAAUAAUUCCAGUAUUUUUAAUUACGAAAAGCAUUUUGUGGUAGAAGUUAAAUACUAUUAUGAAAAUUGCUAUGAAUAUUAAUCUUUAACUGAAAUUCUAUCCCUGGGAUAGAAAUGAUCACUAGUCUGAAUUGGCUUCUGCCUUGGGGACCCUGGAUCUUGUCUGGCAGCUGUUUUCUGUAUCCACUUCUUGCUGAUCCGUCAGUCACUUCAGAGACGUCUCAUUUAGCUCAAGAUGACCUCAAAAUUGCUCGAUAGGCAAAGCUUUUCUUGUGCUUCUUUGGUUCUCCUGCUUCCAUUUUCCUAAUGCUGGUAUUACAGCAGGUGACAUCUAAAGGCACUGGUUUAAAUCCUAAUGCCAAAGUAUGGCAAGAAAUUCCUUCUGGAAAUCCAGAUGGCACUCCUGUAACUGAAACAUCUUGGCAUGAAACUGCAGCCACAUCUGGAUCUCACCCCGAGGGCAAUACAGAACUUUCAGAGGAAAUGUGUAAGGAAUAUGAAGUGAUGUAUUCUCCAUCUUGUGAACCCACAAGAAAUACCGCAGACAUUGAAGAAUCAGCUGAUGGAAUGAUCUUAGGACCUGAAGACCUGAGUUACCAACUAUACGAUGUUUCUGGAGAAAGCAGUUCAACAAUUUCUACAGAAGAUUUAAAAGAAUGUCUGAAAAAACAAUUGGAAUUCUGUUUCUCACGAGAAAACUUAUCAAAGGACCUGUACUUGAUAUCUCAAAUGGAUAGUGAUCAGUUCAUCCCAAUAUGGACAGUUGCCAACAUGGAAGAAAUAAAAAAAUUGACUACUGAUCCAGACUUAAUUCUUGAAGUAUUGAGAUCUUCCCCUAUGGUACAAGUUGAUGAGAAGGGAGAAAAGGUGAGACCAAGUCAUAAGCGCUGUAUUGUGAUUCUCAGAGAAAUUCCUGAGACGACACCUGUAGAGGAAGUGAAAGCUUUGUUUAAAAAUGAAAACUGCCCCAAAGUGAUAAGCUGUGAGUUUGCACACAACAGCAACUGGUAUAUCACUUUCCAGUCAGACACAGAUGCACAGCAGGCUUUUAAAUACUUACGAGAAGAAGUUAAAACGUUUCAGGGCAAGCCAAUCAUGGCAAGGAUAAAAGCCAUCAAUACAUUUUUUGCUAAGAAUGGUUAUCGAUUAAUGGAUUCUAGUAUGUAUACUCAACCCAUUCAGACUCCAACCCAGUAUCCCUCGCCAGUCUUCAUGCAGCCAGUGUACAAUCCACAUCAGCAGUACUCAGUGUAUAGUAUUGUGCCCCAGUCUUGGUCUCCAAGUCCUGCACCGUACUUUGAAACACCACUGGCUCCCUUUCCCAAUGGUAGCUUUGUGAAUGGCUUUAGUUCACCGGGAUCUUAUAAAACAAAUGCUGCUGCUAUGAAUAUGGGCCGACCAUUCCAAAAAAAUCGUGUGAAGCCUCAUUUUAGGUCAUCUAGUGGUUCAGAACACUCAACAGAUGGAUCUGUGUCAUUGGGGGAUGGACCGGUGAGCAGAUCCAGUUCAAGGAUCUUUCUUUCUGAACGGCAUAACCCAACAGUAACAGGGCAUCAGGAACAGACUUAUCUUCCAAAGGAUGCUCCCAUUUUACAGAUGGAACAGAAUGGGGACUUUGGAAGAGGCAGGAGAACUCUCUUUAGAGGUCGAAGACGAAGAGAAGAUGACAGGAUCCCAAGACCCCAGCCUGCAGCAACUGAAGCAAAGGCUCCAGCACCAAAGUUUGACUUACUUGCUACAAAUUUCCCUCCUCUACCCGGAAGCUCAUCAAGAAUGCCAGAUGAACUCGCUUUGGAGAACAGAAUGUCUGAUGUUGUUAAAGGUGUCUGCAAAGAAAAGGACAAUGAGGACUUGAGAGUUAGUUGCCCGGUGCCUGCAGAAGACGGACAGACAGACUGCGCUUCUGUGCCACAACUCAGCAUAAGUCCUAGUCCUCCAUGUACAGCUGAGCCUCCUGCAUUAAGCAGCACAACUCAGCAGGAGAAGGAUCAAAUGGAGGAUUCCGCUGCUCCAAAAGAUGUUCUCAAUCCAGUGCCAGUGCCAGUGUCUUCUCCAACUACUACAAAGCCAUCAAGGGCAAACACUGCUUCACCUUGCAAUAGUACCGUAAAUACACCUAUAGCUGUGGCCCCACAGGAACCUCGAAAGUUAAGCUAUGCUGAAGUGUGCCAGAAGCCUCCUAAGGAGCCGUCUCCGGUUCUUGUCCAGCCACUGAGGGAGCUUCGGUCCAAUGUAGUGUCUCCCACCAGAAACGAAGAGAACGGAGCUCCUGAGAAGCCUGUUGAGAAGCCACAGGAGAAACCGGAAACAAGGGCUAGUAAGGAUCAUUCUGGCUUCCGAGGCAACACCAUUCCCCGGGGAGCAGCUGGAAAAAUCAGGGAACAGAGACGCCAGUUCAGCCAUAGGGCUGCACCUCAGGGAGUGACUCGACGGAAUGGGAAGGAGCAGUACGUGCCACCCAGAUCACCAAAGUAAAAACAGCUCUAACAAAAACUACUCAGAAACUUCUCUUCCCACUAAACUUGAGCCGCUGUUGAACUGUUUUGAGGGGAGGAAGUAGCCAGGAAAGAAUGGGAAGUAUGUCCCCAAAUAUUACGGAUUUUGGAAUUGUGAGUAGGAAGAGCCCAAAAUUCAUCUCUAAAUGAUUUUCAAAUGCUGGAGGAUUCCAAUCAGUAUAAAUAUAUAUAAAUAUAUAUAUAUACACACAUAUAUAUAAAUAUAAUUUUUCUAUUUUUGUUUUUGAUUUUAAUUUGCAGGGAUUUUCUGCCUGGAAUCAAUUUUGAGGGUUCAGAUUUAGCUUGGGAGAGAAAACAAAAAACAUUAUACAUCCUUCAGUAUAGGAGAUGAGGGAGUGAGAGAAAAUAUUUUUUGAAGAAACAUUUCUGUAAAAAUUAGAAAUUACUUUUUUUAAUCUAUUUAAAGUUUGGCUUGAAGGAUGCUCUUCUGACUACAUGGCCUUGUGUUGCAGAGCAGAUGAGUGGCUGGGGGUCUGUUCUGGGUCUGAGUGUGCACAAGUGAUUGACGCCAAAUCUGUUGUCACGUAGAAAAUGAUUUCAAAGCUGAAUGUAAUACUUGAGUCGAUUUUCUUUGUAGUUUGGAAUUUAGUUUUUUGUUUUUUUUUUUGUUUUGUUUUUUUGUUUUUGUUUUGACAUUACUAAUACUGUAUUGUAUGAGCAAGCUGUUGAGCUCUGAUUGUGUAUGAAGCUGUGACUACCAAUCAGUUUGAUAUUCAAGGAAAGCAUGGAGAUUAUUCAAGAAAAAAAAUUGAAAAUUCUGUUUUAGACCUGAAUACUGGAUAGGUCAAAAAGAUUUCAGAGGUUCAAACUGCCCUGUGACUUUUUUCCUUUUUAAAAAUUUUUCUUGUUUGUUAGUCUCUGUUGUUAAGACUGUCUACCCCCAAAAGCAGAAUAACCAUUUACUGAACUGUGUGUUUCUUACUACUUUGACCGGUUUAAUCAAAUCAUAUAACUAUUCUAAGCUGCAUAAUGGAAUAUUGAAAGAUUUUACUCAGAAAUUAAAGUCCCAGGAUGGUACUGACCUGCCAGUAAUUUAAAGAAUGAGAUAGUGCUUCUCGAUGUGGGGGUGAAAAUCUCCAACUCUGGCCUCCAGAGGCAGGCGCGGCAGGUGGGUCUCGGCUCUCGUCCAUCCAGGACUCUACCUCUCUCUAGUGUCUGUCUAAGAAAAGAAAGAUGAAACCGUUAACUGUCUUAAAUGGUAUAAAAGAAAAACUCAAACAUUCAUUUGGGGAAUUUGUUUACAAUAUUUAUCAUUUUUCUUUUACUUACCCCCAAGUACAGUUUAGAAUUCACAGACGAAAAGGAUUUUUUGAGAUAAAGUGAAAAGUGGUUGAAGAAAAUAAAUGCAUAAUUUCUCGGUGAAUAAAGUUGUAGCUGUCAUACAUUAAAUAGGUAAAGUUACAUGCUGGUAUCUAGAAAACAGCUCAAAUAUGAAAAAACCAUGUUGCAUUAAUCUGUUUUAAGUCAGAUCAUUUUUACAGUUUUAUGUAGGGUGGUGGUUUAUUUUACUUCUUAGGGAUAGUUUACAAUAGUAACAACUGUCCCUUACAUUAGUGAGUUACGUAUGUACAAAUUGAAACUGUAAAUUGUGAACACUGGAAAAGCACCAUUGUGACAUAAACAUCGUAGUAAUAUAUUUAAAAUGAAUGUAAAUGGAAGUUAAAUUACAUUACUGUGAAGCUUCACCUUCCACCUCUGAAGUGUCUGAGAUUUGUGUUCGUGGGUAAUUCCUAAGAGCUUUGGAAACACUGCACAGUCCGUGUAACCCAAGUUAUUAUUUCUUUGUAACUUAUUACUCAGCUUGGCGAGCGCUUUUGAUUUGAUGGAUUGAUAACAUGGUAUAAUAUAUUUACUUAGUUGGAAACAAUUAUUUCUACAUACUUUUUUUUUUCUAAAUAUCUGCUAGAUGAAACAUACAAUAAAACUACCUGUACUAACAUUUGGGAGAGCUUUAGAAAGUAUUAAUAAUUGUCAGCUACAUCUAUGAUAAAAGUGUUUAUUCUGGGUUACUUAGAAAUGAUAAACAUUUAAAGUGUUAACAUCUUAUGAAUGCAGUGGAUCAAUAGAAUAAACAUUUUGCAAAAAAUCACUUGAUAAGGAUUAUAAACUUUAUUUUUGCACUUAAAAUGAAAAAUACUGUUUUGUUUUCUCUAAGUGUGUCACAGAUGUAGUUUCCAACUUCUUGCUGGUUUGUGUGGCUUACCAGUAAUCCAUUACUUCAGGUUGGUUUUUGUACAGUGCUGCCCUUGAACCCAGGGCCUUGCAGAGACCCCAUGAGUGUCAUAGCACUGAGCUGUCCCUCCAACUCCUAAAGGUCUGGUUGAAAUUCAAGAAAAAUUUCCUCUUAAAGCAAGUAUAUUCUUGGGUGUUUUUUCUCCAAAUACUGAGUGUAGCAAUUUUUUAAAGCAUAGGAUUUUUAUUUCAGUUUCCCUCAGUAUUUGUAAGUAGCUCCAUUUGAAUGGGGGUGUGCGGGGAGGGUAAUGAGUAUGAAUGUGUGCUAUGUAUUCUCAGUGUGUAUUUGACAGUUACUUCACUGCAGCGUGUGUAAAUGAUGCCUGUGAGUCCUGUGAGACGUCAGAGUUUAUUCUCACCUCAUGGCUUGCAUUAUUGAAGGCCACACGUAGAUGAGAUGAUGCUGAUGUGCCCCACAGUAGUGCCCCACAGUUCCCACUGCAUGGAGAGCACAGUUCACACAAGCUCAUCACGGCGCACUUCAGAGAGAAGGUGCUUAGAGGGGCUGGCAUGGCAAAACCUUCUCCUUCUGUCUUCUGUCUUGAUAUCUAAUCUUUAAUCUGAAUAAUCUCAGUUUUGCCAAUACUCAGUGGCGUUGAAAAGAUCUGUCUACAUUCUUCCCCGCCUGUGUUGGAGACGGAUGAAACCUUCCAAUGACAGGGGUUUGUUGUCCUACCUGCAUAUCUUUCAUACAAUCAAAUGUUAUGCAGAAUUUUAAUUUAUUUUUAGUUCCUAAAGUUAAGGUAGCUUCAAUAUUAUUUCACAUUCCUUUUUCUUUUUAAAUAACCAGAUUUGCUUUGCAAAGACUUAGGGGCGGAAUUAAGUUAGUAUCUUUCACUUAGGGUAAAGAGGACAAGAAAAUAUUAUUUAAGAGUUAGGAGCACUUUGUCUAGUUUUGUUAGUUAUGUAUGGCCUUAAUAAUCAGUCUCUUGGCUUAAAUGUUCACUGGUUUUGCUUUGACACAGUUGAACAGCACUGGGGUUCAGUUCCUGAUGCUUGUGUUGGCAAUAUAUAUUAACCAUAUUUUAAGAGUAUCAUUCUGGCUUUUUAUGGAAAAGAUAAAAAUCAAACAGUAUAUUCCUUUGAGGGUUUUUUUAAUACGUAAAUAUAUAUAAAUAUAAUAUAUGAUGGAUUUUUUCUAAUUUUUUAUAUUUCCUUACAAUUUGGUGGCUAUUAUUCUAACUACUCUUUGGCAUAUACUAAGUAGCUAGUCUGGGCUUUCAAGAAUAUGCAUGGGCAUUUCAGUUUUUAUUAGCUGAAUGAGGACAUUUUGAAUUCUCUUAAGUCACCUGAUUAUUAAAUAACAAUGUUUAUUUUUAAAACUAACAAUUUGUUGUGUCUUAUUACACAUUACACAGUCCUAAAGGUGCGGCUCUGAUGUCUGCAAGCUGUGGGCCAAGUAUUCUGUUAUCAGUUCUAUAGCACAGAACACUGACUAGAAAUGUAAAGAGAUACCCACACCAAUGUUCUGUUACUGUUUUUCCAAUGAUUCAGGUGUCCAUUGAGUGACGUAACUUAAAUGUUGGGGGAGUGGCGUGUCAGAACCAGUUAUCUGGCUUCUGUUUUGUCCAUAGCUUAGAUUUGUUCUGUUGUCAAAACUGUCCCCUGCCCUCCCCUCCCGUAACAAUGGUGUGACACAUACUCAUGCAUAAACUGUUAAAUGAGCAUCUUUGUAUUUGUAUUGUUUUCAACAUUGCCAAGGUGCUAUGAGAAAUUAAAAUUACAAAAUUAGAAAAAAUAAAAUUAUUGAAAAACA